UCUCUCAGGAUAAGACGAUAACAUGGAGUCCAUUGAUUUGGAGAGGGAGGACCCUCCUAGCUCACUAUCUGGAUAUGCCAAUGGAGAGAUAAUGACCCUGGAGAUCACAGACGUCUCUCCAGACCUGCUUGUUCUCGAGGUAAAAGACAACAACCUACCUGAAAGUAACCAUGGCAGCCUGGACUUGGAGAUGGAUGCUGACUUUCAUAAUGAUGAUGGGCAUGGUAAGAAAAUAACAAGGGUUGUGGGUUAGGCUAACUUGCGAUUAACUGGGUUGUGAGGUCAAAAUAAUUUAAAUGUUGUACUUGUUGCCUCUGUCUUUUUUUAAAGGUUUUGCGAAUGUGGAACUCCAGUUCUUUCCAUGUGAUGCCUGCGAAGCCUCCUUCACUAGCGAACCAGAGCUGGAGCAGCACUUCAUAAGCUCUCAUUCAAUAUGUGAUGUAGCGAGUGAGAGAGGAAGACCGAAAGCCAAGUCAAUGGAAACAGAAGGUGUCUCACCCCAGCACACCUGCAUGACUUGUGGGAAGGUGUUCAAAUACCUAACUUCAUUUCGAAAACAUGAGGAAACUCAUAUCAAAGCCCUGUACACCUGCAAGACUUGUGGGAAGGAGUUUAAAUACCUAACUUCAUUCACAAAGCACCAGACCACUCACGUUGUACCAAGACCGAGAGGAAAUGGAAAGUCAAUCAUAGCAGUAGGCCUAAGUGUCAAUCAGAAAGUGAAAGGCCUUCACACCUGUAGGCACUGUGGUAAGGAGUUCAAAUACCUAACUUCUUUCAUAAAACAUGAGAAGACUCACAGGAUCAUGUUAACCAAAAAAAGCAGAAGAAAACAGAGGAACCCUUCAAGUUCCGAGAUUAUUAUAUGUCUUGAAGGCAAUAGGAAAGAUGCCACAGAAACUCGUGUAAGGGCCAUCAAGAAAAACAGGAAGAACAGCGAAGAUACUGAGGAUCAGGAUGCAUGUAUUCUAAUAUCUUCUGAUGAUGAACUAGCCACCACUGCAGAGCAGCAAACGCCUGACUCUAAACGUUCUCCUCCGUUUCCUUCUGACUCUAAACGUUCUCCUCCGUUUCCUUGUCUGGACUGUGGGAGGGUUUUUAAGUUUUUCAAAUCUUACAAAAAACACCAGAAAAGACAUGCUUGGGCACAGGGCAAAAGUGAAAUAGUGCCUCUUAAACAGGAGCACGGAGCGGAAGUGAAAGAACAGAUUAGAUGUCCGGUUUGUGGUAGAGCAUUCAACAAGCUAAAAGCUUGCACCAAACACGAGAAAAUGUAUCAUCGGGAAAAUAACUUGCAUAAAAACACAUUUGCUUUAACGUGCUGUGAAUGUGACCGCCAUUUUGAAAAGGCAGAUAUUUUCCAAAAGCAUAAGUGCUUCCACCUGCGUAAGCAUGUAAAGGCGUUCAUAGAGGCAGGUAGGGUGAGCCAACGGGGGGAUAUUUUCUAUUGUCAACUCUGUGUCCUAAAGCUCGCCAGUGGACUGGAGUUUGAGAAUCAUGCCAGGGACGUACACCCAGACCAAUACCGCAAGACCCUAAAAGCAGUAGGCAGUGCCAGGACAUGUAUCAUUAAAGACACCUUGAAAGUCUUGCCGACACAAAGGGAUGACAAUCAGUCAACAAAUCAGGAGGCAACUGAAAUAGGAGAGACAGAGGAAGAUGGAUCGAGACAAUUUAUUUGCAAGGAUUGUGGGGAAUGUUUCAUAUAUCAUGUUUCAUUUAAUUUUUGUGGAAAAUGUUUAAAGGAUCGCAAAGACUCUAGGAGACAUCGGGAGAGCAAUGUAAAAGCCUCCAAGCUGUACCACUGUGAAGAAUGUGGCCAAGGCUUUGGCCGAAAGGAUCACUUAAAGCGCCACAGCUAUUCUCAUUCUGGCAGUUCCUUUAUCUGUUUUGAUUGUGGCAUUGGAUUCAGGGAUCCAGGAGAGUUGCGGAAGCAUGAAAAGACUCAUCGGGUGAGAAACCACAUCUGCCAACUGUGUGAGAAGCAAUUUGAACAUCCAAAGGAACUAAUGUUGCAUCAUGAAGUUGAUCAUCCAGGACCAGACGGUUAUACAUGCCACCAGUGUGGCAAGACAUUUAAUACAGUGAAAAAGCUGGGAAAACACAGAAUGAUCCAUUCGGACGAAACUCCCCAUGUUUGUUCAUAUUGCGGUGCGAAAUUCAAGAGGCGAGGGCAUUUGAGACGGCACAAGAACCUGCACACCAACGAGAAACCUCGCCUUAGUCGUUGUUGUGGGGAUACAUUUGGGCAACAGGGGGACCUAAACACCCACCUCGGUAAAAUGCACACAAUGUUGAGAAAUUAUCUUUGUAAGGCUUGUGGGACAACUUUCAAGGACCGUAACUCUCUCAGGAGACAUAGGUAUCACACUCACACUAAGGCUGGCAAGGUGUUCCAAUGUGAGGAAUGUGGCCUAAGCUUCAGCCGGGCGGAUCAUCUGAAGCGCCACCAGUACACACAUUCUACUGAAAGGCCCUUCUCAUGCUCAAUGUGUUACAAAGUAUUCCACAGGGCAGACAACCUCAAGAAGCAUGAACGAAAUCACAGAAACAAGUGGUUGGAAUACCUCAACACCCGCCACCAUGAUAACACACCCAAGCAGGAGAGCCAUGUUUCUGAGAGCUCCAAGUGGAAACUGGGCUGGUCUGAAGCAUCUGCCCUACUAAAGCUCAUCCAGAGCCACUCCAAGCAGCAACAUCAUACCUGCUAUGUUUGUAAAAAUACUUAUAGAGGACUUUACUAUCUGAAGAGGCACCGUCUACUAAACUGUGUUGGACAAAGGAGUAAAAUUAUGGAUUCAUUCCGAUAUGGAACUGUUCAAUAA